AUGAGUGGAAGCAGCUCCCCGGACUACAGGGCGCUUUUCCUCAAGGAAGCCUCGCUCAGACGGCAGGCUGAGGAAGAAAAGAAGCGGGCAGAGGAAAGGGAGAGACAGGCUGAGGAGCGAGAGAGACAGGCUGAGGAGCGAGAGAGACAGGCCGAGGAGCGAGAGAGACAACAAAGGGACCGCAACCGACCGACAACUUUUCCAGAGUUCAUCCGACAUUGCCACGAUCUCCUUUGGAGGCCACUCCGAGCCCAAACACCGUCUCGCUCCACAACGGGCAAAAUUCCCGCUCCGAUUGGAAAACACUGUCCCCUACGACUGCGUCCGUGGAUGGACUGUGAGGAGACGCAGCGGGAGAUUUACGAAUCCGUCUGCCGCUACCUACAACCGACCGAAGGGCAUACACCAGAAUUAUUUACCUCACUGGUUGCCUUGGAAGACCACGGCCGACGAUUCGCACGCCGACCCAUUAGCAGCGAACAGGACCUCGAGACCUACGAGCGACUCGCCGUUGAAGACCACGUGCAUGAUAUUGUUGCCGAGUUGUGCAAAAUACCAGAGGCUCGUGGGGAGUUCCGGUUGUGCAACGGAGUAUGGUUCGAUAAUCACCCCAACGCGCUGGACCACGAUAAUGAAGUCGAUGCCAGUCAACCAUCAACCACCAAACCUUCGAAGCCGGAUCAAUUUUGCAUCUAUCAAAAGGACGGCCUCCGAUCGAUGGAUUUCUGGCGAGAAGUAGUCCAACCGGACAGUGUGCCGACCGAAGAGCCAGAGAAAUCAAGGUAUUACGCCGAGCGGCUGGUCGGAUCCGCCAUCGUACAAGUAUUCCACGUGAUGAUUCAAGAGGGUCUGGAGUAUUCAUAUUUGACGAACGGUCUGAUGGACGUGCAGCUCUGGGUGCCCUACGACGACCCAACCACCCUGUAUUACCACCUAGGCGAUCCCGGGACAUACGGGAUGGCAGGUGAUGCAGGGCCUAUGAUUCCCAGAACUCGAAUUGAGAGGACGCUCUGCCUCUGUCUGAUGAGUUUCCGCUCGUUUAUUCGUGAUCAGGCGUGGCGGAAUACCGCUAAGAACAACCUACCGAAAUGGCGCACGAGCUAUGAUAGCGGUCUCUCUCAGAUCAUAAUGGUAGAUUUACCUCGGGACCUAAACGUGGACGAUACCAGCUCCGAAUUCGCUAGUCCUGAGCAGUCGACCUCCGAAUAUCUCACAUCAUCUUCCCCCAUCACCACCGGCCCUCGAGUGACCACACGAGCGGCCGCUAGCUGCGCACCACCCUUCCAUCCGUCUCACCACCAGAGUUCUUCGGAUUCCGAGACCGACCCUACCACAUCUGCAGGACAGAAGCGAGGGUUCAGCCAGGUCACAUCGUCCCCUCCAACCCAGCGGUCCGCACCGCGAGGAGAUCGCCAAGGGAACCAAUGCGGGCAAUCUCGCUCCCACGACGCUCCAUAUUGCACACAAAGUUGUCUUCUCCGGCUACAGCAGGGCGGCACGCUUGACCCUAAGUGCCCGAACACGGAUCUGCAUAUGCUUGACGGAAGAUCAGACCGCCAUCCGAUCGGUGCACCUGACUUAGUGAAAAAGCUCAAGGUGCAGCUGGAUCACGAUCUGGAUCAUAACUGCUCUCCUAUCGGCCCUUGUGGGUCCUCCGGCGCACCAUUUAAGAUUACGUGUGCCACCUUCGGAUAUACGGUUGUCGGGAAGGGGACAACGUCAAGACUCUGGGGGGACGUUUCGCGCGAAGCCGACAUCUACCGGGUCCUCCAGCGUGCGCAAGGAUCGGCUGUUCCCGUCUUUCUCGGGGCGAUCAAUUUAGCUCUGACCUACUUCCUCCACGGCGCCGGAAGGAUCCGGCAUAUGCUUCUCAUGGGCUGGGGUGGUAAGACCGUGGGCGAUCCUCCUUUCGACAAGACCAUCCAGCAUGCGAUUUCUCGGUCGGUGAAGGAAAUCCGUCGUUUUGGCGUCGUCCACCAGGAUCUUCGUCCGGACAAUAUUUUGUGGAACGCUGAGCUCGGACGAGCGCUGAUCAUUGAUUUUCAUCUGUGCACCUUGAACCGUCGAUUGCUGCACAAACAGCCAGGAACUCUCAAACGAUUACGGCGUAAUUCUGAAGAACGCCACUCCAAGCGGGUGCGUGUGGUAUGA